GCGCAUGCGUGAGCCACAGAAAAGUGCGUUUUAGAAUGAUUACUGGUGGCCAGCGGAGAGACAGAUUAUACGGCUCUACACAACUGUUGUUUUAAUCCCCUGGGCGAGGAGAUUUAGCAAAGAAAAAACACAGCAGCCAUAUUGUAUGGAAAAACGACGGAAAGACUACUCUUUUCAGAAAAGUCGUGUUCUCAGACACCUCUGUCAAGACUUUUGGGGACUUUAAUUGUUUUUCUUACUGGCGGCGGUGGGUUUCUUUCGGAUAUCUAGUUUGCCAGCUGGUUGAGGAAUUCAGAGAUUGGGACUAGUUUUUGAGCCAUUUAAAACAAUAUUGUGGUAAUCUCUUUGGUUUAAAGGUGUUAAAUUAACCGUGUAAAACAUGAAGGACCGAUUGGAGCAACUUAAAGCGACGUGUGAUCAAGAUGAUGACGAGGUGGAGAUUGCUAUGGACAACGCAGCCUUCAUGGACGAAUUCUUCUGUCAGAUUGAGGACAUCAGGAGCAGUAUUGAUAAAAUUGAUGAGAACGUGGCGGAAGUCAAAAAGCUUUUCUCGGUCAUCCUGUCUGCUCCCACAUCAGAUCAGAAAACACAGGAUGAUUUGGAGGCAAUCACCAAUAACAUAAAGAAGAUGGCCAACAAUGCAAGAAACAAACUCAAGACCAUUGAGAGGAAUCUGGAGGCAGAGGAGCAGGAGAGGGUGUCGGCUGACAUGCGAAUCCGUAAAUCACAGCAUGCAGUGCUGUCCAGGAAGUUUGUGGAGGUAAUGACAAAGUAUAAUGAAGCCCAGGUGGACUUCAGGGAGAGGAGUAAAGGACGUAUUCAGAGACAACUAGAGAUCACUGGAAAAGCAACAACAGAUGAGGAACUGGAGGAGAUGUUGGAGAGUGGCAAUGCUGCUGUGUUUACUGCAGGGAUUGUGGACGCUGGAGUCUCUAAACAAGCCCUGAGUGAGAUUGAAGCCAGACACAAAGACAUUGUCCGUCUGGAAAGUAGUAUCAAGGAGCUGCACGAUAUGUUUGUAGACAUUGCAAUGCUGGUGGAGAGCCAGGGUGACAUAGUUGACAACAUAGAGCAGAAUGUAUCCAAGGCAGUGGACCACAUAACAGUGGCUAAGGAACAGACCAAAAAAGCUGUAAGGCAUCAGACCAAAGCACGCAAGGGUGGAAUGAUUGACAGGAUUGAGAGCAACAUGGACCAGUCAGUGGGCUUUGUGGAGCGGGCUGUAGCAGACACUAAAAAAGCUGCAAAGUUUCAGCAAGAAGCUCGUCGUAAAAUGGUGAUAAUAGUGGUGGUUGUGCUGGUUUUGCUGGCCAUUCUAGCUCUCAUAAUCGGGUUGUCAGUGGGAUUGAAGGGAAGCUGAUGAGCUAUUUGAAUAAAAGGAGAGCUAAGGAAGAUGAUCAUAAUUGGUGUAGUCUGUGCUGUGGUUGUUCUCAUCCUCCUCAUCAUCAUCCUCACCCAGACACUAUAACAGGACUGCCGGCAUUAUCAGUUUAUUCAUCAUCCACUCCAUCAUAUCUUCCUUCAGCAAAAAAUUGAUUCUGAUCACUCCAUAUGGAUAUGAUCAUAUUUAACCCGCAGAUGUACAACAAGAAAACCUUUGUCCAAUCAGAACUGUCCUUCCUGGUCUGUAAGGAUCUGUUAGACUCCCUCGGGUGGCUUGGACAGUUUGAGGAUGUAAUGCUGCAAAUGAGGAAAUGAAACUGAAGCUGACGUGAGGUACAAUACCUGUUGUAUCUCUGCGGAGGGGAAAAGAGAAUUGAAAAAUAACCGAUCAUAAUGUCACUAAACCUUUCACUGUCCGACCUACAAUGCCAAAGAAUCAUCCUGGAAUUGUUCGUCAUCUGAAACUGAUUUUAACGUCCAGUAAGUGGGACCUUUGUGAAGCCUUGUAGAAGCACAUCAUCUCCUUUAUCAUUAUUUCUUGCCUUUAUGAGCCUUGACACAUUUUGUGAUUGAAAAGUGAGCUACUGUAUGUUCACUGUAUUGGGAUUUUGUUGGUUUUGGGAGGUGUUCCAGCACUUUCACAUUUUAAAAUAUGUCUAUUUCUGUAAUUAAGAUCAGAUGAUCAUGUGAAUAAUAUAAUUAUUAUUUUGUGUGUAGUCGAUAUAUCUAGCCCUUAAUAUGGCUCAGUUCUUCAACUUGAAGAGGAUGGGUGUGCUCACUUAUGACUCUUUAGUUUGUAGAGACAAGUGGUUCUAAUUUUAAAUAUGAAGGAUGGUGGGUACAGAAACACAUUUCAUGGACAGGUGGAGCUAAGAUAUGCAAACGAUAUGAUAAACAUGCAUUCAUUGCUUUAAGAUUAUCCAAACACUUUGAGAAAUGCCUCAUAUUUGUUUUGUAUUUCUGCUAAGUUUGUAACAAUGUUAGCCAUCUUGACCUUCUACAUACUAUAUAUAGACAUGAUUGCCUCCCCUUUUAAAAUGAUGUUUUAUUGCCAAAGAGAGUCGGGUAGUAAGACCAUUUCAAUUUCAGUGCCAGAAUAGUCUAAUAAGUAAGUAAAAGUAUUAUAUUUAUUAUACGUUUUGAUGACAUUACUAAUUAAGUCGCACAUAAGGAUAUAGUGUAAGUGGACACUCUAAUUAACCUACAGUAAGGCCUCCCUGACUAGUGGCUCCUUACUGGUGUGAUAUGCAUUUCCUGGCAUAUUUUUUUAUACAGGUCAGUAUAUUUUGUCUGUCAACUUACACUUCAUUUGCCAGUUUAUUAGGCACAAAUAUAUGAAACUAAUGCAUUCUAAUACACCAGCCCUGCAAUAAAUCCUAUUGUCAUGAAAGUAACAAUGUCAAUUUUUUGUUUAAAGAGCUUUAGAGAUCUGUUGGUUAAACUUAAUGAACAGAGGUUUGCAGGUGCAAACUUCUCAGUGUAAACAUUUACAAACUGCACCACUUAGUUCAACCUCCAAAGAAACCAUAAAGCACAUAUCUAAAACAGUUUCAACAAAAACUACAUGAUAACGCAAUGAUGAAAAAUCAGUACAUACUUUAUCUACCCCUGACAAAAUCAAAUGUUAUGUUACAUAAAUACAUGAAAAUGUCAAUUAACCAAAACAAAUGCGCAAAGGAUUUAUUGCAGGGCUGUUCUAUUAGACUGCAUUAGUUUUACAUGUAGCUAGUUGUGACUAAUAAAUUGGCUUUAACUGGUUGGUAAUCAUCAUUUCGGUAGGUCAUUUUUUCUUGGAAGAGGGAAUGUGUCACACGGAGUUUAUUGAACCACAGUGCACAUGUUGUCACCCAGAGGCUUUAAUAUGACAAUUAAAGCAGGUGAAUUCAGCUGUGCAUACACUACACACAUACAUACACUAUUUCCACUUAUUAAAGAGACAGGUAUUGAACAUAUGUAGGGGUUUUGUAGUGCAAAGACGUCAUUUGUAAAAAUGUCCUGUUCAUUAUGAGGGAAGUCUUUGUUUCUGUUAGACCAGAGCCUGAAUGGUUCCUUUUGAUUCUGGUUGUGCAGUGAGCACUUGAAAGUGAGAGCCCUCCCCAGCUUGGUCUUUUGAACACACCGUCUGCUCUUUUGGCUUCUGCCCUUGACUGUUCAAUGUUAAUGCUUCUAUUCAACCCUUUUUCUUCUCACCACUUUAGCAAUAAGAGAAGGACGAGAACACUGAAGCUGGUGUACACUGUUUUUAAUUAAGACGUCACAGAUUUUAUUAAAAAUUAAAGAUUUUA